CAAAACCGACUAGCUUGACAUUGAUGGUGCAAGGGAGUUAGCACUUGACUAUACUGAGGAUCUAAUGAGAGAAGAGAAGAUUGAAGAUUCCCCUAAUGUAGAAUCAGCAGAACCAGGUACUAAAACACAAGACAUAACUGAAGAACAAGAAGAAACAGAUGAAGGAGAUGUCUCAGUUCAUAUGUCUGCUGGUGAGCACUUGUCAAUGAAAAACCCUGCAGUGGGCAUCAGUACAUCAACAACUGAAGCCCAAUUGCAGAAAGAUGACAUGAAUGGGUUAGUACCUGCUUUAACGGAGGAAAGAAUGGAGGAGGAUGAGAUGCUUAUAGAAACCUCUAAUGUAGCACCAGAAAUACCAGCAACUGAAACAGACGACUCAGUUGCAGAACAAGAAAAAGCAACAGAAGAAGGAGAUGCCUCCCUUCAGAAAUCUGCUAGUGAAGAACUCCAUUUGCCAUUGCAAAUAGAAAAAUCUCAAGGGCCACCAACAAGGGAAGAUCAACAUGAGAUGGGUGAUACAAGGGAGCAAGUACCUGGUUUUGCCAAGGCACAUGUGAAAGAAGAGACCCUCAAAGAAUCCUCCAAUGAAGAAACAGGGGAACCAGGCACAGAAACACAAGAUGCAACUGAAGAACAAAAUAAAACAACCAAGGAAGGAGAUCCCUCGGUUCAGUUGUCUGUGACUGAGGUACACCAUUGGCAAACAGAAAAAGCUCCAUUGCCAUCAAAAACUGAUGAUCAGCUUCACAUAGAUGGUGCUGACUGUACUGAUGAUCAAGUGAAAGAAGAAGAGAAGCCUAAAGAAUCCUCAAAUACAGAAUCAGGGGAACCAGGUACUCGAACACAAGACUCAACUAAUGAACAAGAAAAAACAGAGGAAGGAGACGUCUCAGCGCAUGUGUCUACUUGUGAGCACUUGUCAAUGGGAAAUCCUCCAGCAGGCAUCAGUACAUCAACAAUUGAAACUCAAUUGCAAGAAGAUGAUGUGAAAGAGUUAGCACCUGCUUUAACGGAGGACAGAAUGGAAGAGGACAAGAAGCUUAUAGAAACCCCUGGUAUAGCACCAGAAAUACCAGCAACUGAAACAGAGGACUCAGUUGAAGAACAAGAAAAAGCAAUUGAAGAAGGAGAUGCCUCCCUCCAAAAAUCUGCCAGAAAAGAAAUUUCUCCGGUGCCAUCAACAACUGAAGAUCAACUCAAGAUAGAUGAUGCAGGGCAGCUAGCACCUGGUUUUGUCAAGGAACAUGUGAAAGAAGAACAGAACCUUAAAGAAUCCUCUGAUUCGGAAACAGGGAAACCAAGUACUGACGCACGAGACUUAACUGAAGAACAAUAUGAAGAAACAGAGGAAGGAGACGCCUCAGUUGAAACCUCUUCACAUGAGCUACCCCAUUUGCAAUUUUCAAUUGAAAAUCCUCCAGUAGGCAUCAUUACAUCAACAACUGAAGCUCAAUCAGCAGAGGAUGAUGUAAACCAGUCAGUACCUGCUUCAGCCGAAAACAGAAUGGAAGAAGAUCAGAAUCUUACAGAAUCCUCUGGCGCGGCAUCAGAAGAACAAGUAGCUGAAAUACAUGGCACAUUGGAAGAACAAGAAAAGGCAACCGAAGAAGGAGAUGCCUCAGCUCGGAAGUCAGCCAAUGAAGAACUCAAUUUGCAAUUACAAGCUCAGAAAUCUCCAGUGGCAUCAACAACUGAAGAUCAAAGUGAGAUAGAAGACGCAAGGGAGUUAGCACUUGUCUAUGUCAAGGAACAUGUUGGAGAAGAGAAUCUUAAAGAACCCUUUGAAAAGCCAGACACUAAAACACAAGACUCAACUGAAGAACAAGAUAAAGAAACAGAGAUACAAGAUGCCUCAGCUCAGACAUCUGCAGGAGAACUGCCCCAUUUGCAAUUGUCAUCUGAAAACUUUCCAGUGGACGUCAGUAAUGAAGCUCAGUUGACAGGAGAUGAUGCACAAGAGUUAGUUCCUGCUUUAAGGGAGGACCAAAUGGAAGAAAGGACAAAUACAGCAUCAGAAGAGCCAGGUACUGAAAUACAAAACCCAGUAGAAGUACCAGAAAAGGCAGCUGAGGAAGGUGAUGCCUUACCUCAUAUGUCUUUGAGUGAAGAGCAACAUUUGCAAUUGCAAACAGAAAAUUCUCCAGAACCAUUAGAAACAGAAGAUCAACCCGAGAUAGAUGAUGCAAGAGAGUUGGCACCUGGCAUCAAUGUGGAACAAGUGAGGGAAGAAGAGAAGUUUAAAGAAUCCUCUCAUGCAGAAUCAGGGGAAACGGCUACACAAAUACAAUGCUCAACUGAAGAACAGGAUAAAGAAACAGAGGAAGGUGAGGCCUCAGUUCACAUGUCUUCUGGUGAGCAAUGGUCAAACGAAAUCCCUCCAGUGCAUGACAGUUCAUGGGCAAAUGAAGUUCAGUUGACAGGAGUUGAUGCAAGAGAGUUAGUGCCUGCUUUAUCUGAGGACAGAAUGGGCAACGACGAGAAGCUAACAGAAUCCUCUAAUGCAGCAUCAGAAGAACCAGGUAAUGAGAUACAGGAUUCAGUGAAAGAACAGGAGAAAGCAAGUGAGGAAGAAGAGGCCUCAGCUCAGAUGUCUCCUAGUGAAGAACUCCAUUUGCAAUUGCCAAUAGAAAAUUCAGCAAUACCAUCAACAACCGAUGAGGUGAAGGAGUUAGCACCUAGCCAAGAAGUAACAGAGCAUGAGAAGAUCAAGGAGUCCUCUAAUGUAGUAUCAGGGGGGCCAGGUACUGAGACACAAGAGUUAACUGAAGAACAAAACAAUGAAACUGAGGAAGGGAACGCCUCAGUUCACAUGUCUGCUGGUGAACUAUCCCAUUCAUCAACUGAAAAUCCUUCAGUCCACAUCAGUGCAUCAACAACUGAAGCUGAGGUUAUGGGAGAUGAUGCAAAAGAGUUGGCACCUGCUUUUACUGAUGGAGUGGAAGAAAACGAGAACCUUAAAAAAUCCUCUAAUGAACAAUCAGGGGAACUUAGUUUAGAAACACAAGGUACAACUGAAGAACAACAUGAAACAACUAAGAAAGGAGAUCCAUCAGUUCAGCUGUCUGUGACUGAGCUCCACUAUUUGCAAACAGAAAAAUCUCCAUUGCCGUCAAAAACUGAAGAUCAGCUUGACAUAGGUGGUUCAAGGGAGUCAGCACCUGGCUAUACUCAGGAUCAAGUGAUAGAAGAAGAGAAGCUUGAAGAGUACUCUAAUGCAGAAUCAGCGGAACCAGAAGCUCAAACACAAGACUCAACUGAAGAACAUGAAGAAACAGAGGAACGAGAUGUAUCGGCUCAUGUGUCUACCUGUGAGAACUUGUCAAUGGAAAAUUCUCCAGCUGGCAUCAGUACAUCAACAACUGAAGCUCAAUUGCAGGAAGAUGAUGUCAAAGAGUUAGCACCUGCUUUGACGGAGGACAGAAUGGAAGAGGACAAGAAGCUUAUAGAAACCUCUAAUGUGACAGCAGAAAUACCACCAGCUGAAACAGAGGACUCAAUCGAAGAACAAGAAAAAGCAAUUGAAGAAGGAGAUGCCUCCCUUCAGAAAUCUGCUAGUGAAGAACUCCAUUUGCCAUUGCAAAUAGAAAUACAAGAUGCAACUGAAGUACAUGAUAAAGAAACAGCAGAAGGAGACACCUCAGCCGAAACCUCUGCAAGCAAUCUACCUCAUUUGCAAUACUCCACUGAAAAUCCUCCACUACUCAUCAGAACAACAACAACAACUGAUGUUCAAGAUGAGAUAGUUACGGAAUCCUCUGUUGUGGUAUCAAAACAACCAGUAGCGGAAACACAGGCCUCAGUGGAAAAACAAGAAGAAAAGGCAGGUGAAGGAGGUGAUUCCUCAGCUCAGAUGUCCAACAGUGAGUUACCCCAUGUGCAAUUGCCAACUGAAACAUCACCCAAGCACACUACUGAAGGUUGGUUUGAAACAGAUGAAACAAGAGAGUUAGCACCAGCUCUGAUUGAAGAAAUUGUACUAGAACAAGAGAACCUUCAAGAAUCCUCUAAUGUUGCUCCAGGAGAGACAGGUACUGAAACACAAGGCUCAACUAAGGAACAAGAAAAAGCAAAUGAGGAAGGAUUCACCUCAGUUCAGACAUCUAUUAGUGAGUUGCACAAUUUGCAGUUGUCUGACACGACAUCUCCAAAGAACAGUCAUACAUCAGCAACUGGAGAUAAAUCAGAGACAGAUAAUCUGGGAGAUAAUGUCCCCACGUGGAAUCCUAAAGAUGAGGCCAGUCAAGCAACAUCCACCGGUACAAUCACACAGGAAACAACUCCAGACCAGGAAAUAAUACAACAAAUAGGUGAAACAGAAAAUGUAUUGAUGACUAAUACUCGAGAAGUUUCUGAAAUUAAGCAUGCAGAAGUGAAAGCUGGUAUUGAGACUCCCAGUGAAGUCAAUGCCAUUGAGCGUGCUGAUGAUUUACCAAAAGAGUUCUCAGAGAGAGAAAUUUUGGGAGCAGAUAAUGAAGAAGCUUCUGAUCCUCACCCCAGGGAAGAUGAGGCUGUAGCAGAGGAAGGCAAAAACCUUUUUAAUCCAGCACCUGAGAUGAUUGCAGCAACCAGAACUGAAAUGGAAAGCACAGGGAAUGAACCCUUCAUAAAGAAUGUAGAAGAAAAUUCUCAUGAUAAGGAAACAAUAAAUGAGAACAUUGAAGAUGUCACAUCUGAAAGCAUUCCUGAACAUCAGCCACAUGAUGGUGAACAGGAAACUGAUUAUGCAAUCUAUGAGAAGCAAGAUGUAUCGAAGACAAUGUCUGAUGAGCAGAAGCAAAAAUCAGAAAGUGGCAUUAACUUGGUUGAAGUGAAAAAAGAUGAGGCAGACACUGAGAAGGAUAAUAUUAUCUCAGAAUCAAUAAAUGAUAACCAUAGCCAAGACAUUACAUGUGAAUUGGGAGGCAAGAUUGAAAACUUAACAUAUGAUGACAAAGUUGAACAAAUGAUUCCACUGCCGGCCAAUUCAAGUAAGUGCAUUGAUACAGAAAUUGCAAAGGCAGGAGAUAAUUCAAACAACAAAAUCAGCAGUAAUAUUGGAAACACUCCUUUCAUAUUAGAGAUGGUAUAUAUGAGUUCAGUUUCUGCUUCUGCUGAACUUCAGUUUUUUCAGUUUCAGUGUCUGCUUUCUUGCAACAUCCACAUCCAUCGUUUGGGGAAGUGGAAUCUUUAUCUGUUGAUGAAACACAGCGAAAUUUCUUCAACAUUUAAGGCGAUGUUUCGCCUUUCUGCACGCUGGCCUCAAUCAAAUUUUCCAGAGUUUGAUACAGGACCAGUCUUUCAUCAGGCUCUCUUCUCAACCUCAGGGUUUCUGGUUCACCAGUUGCCUCUUGAUUCUGUUCCUCAUGAAUCAAUUCUGACAUGA